AUGACGGCCGAACUACCCACGCUACCCGAGCUCUGCGACGCUGUCGUGACGAUCAAGAUCGGCGAGCCGCUGACAGACUGCAGGAUUCGUUUGUUUGUUGACGACACCGCUGCAAUAUGGCCUGCCGACGCUGCUAUCUACGUCAAGUCGACGGUAAAUGCGCGCCAACACGAGUACAAGCGCAAACGCAUUCCUCUCUUCCUGUAUGUCAAUAGGGUAAAAAAGACUAAUCCUAUCCACAGAGCUACUGCAAGUCGCGUUGCGCAAGCUACAAAGAGUAUCAGCGAGCUACUGCAGUCGGAAAAUAGAGAACCGCCAGGACCAGCUUCGGUCGAAUAUUGGGCGAGUGUACAAGCGCGUCAGCCUGACGGAGCCCCAGUUGUACAGUCCGACAAUGAGACGUUUCGACAACUAAACUACGUUGAUAGGCAAGCUGAACAACACCGCGAAGAGCUUUUGGCAGCUACAGCGGAAAGCAACGAACCUACGCGACGCAUCCAUAUCCAUCUAAAUGGAGUUGCCGUACCCAUCGACAUCAAUAUUCAAGAGCUGCGUGAUGUUCUCGGGCUACCCGGAUACGACUUGCGCCCCCCAUUUCGUGCCCGAAUUAUUCCCCCAACGGCAGAGCAACACGACCUUGCUGACGUCGACCAUGAGGAAGAAAAGGACGGCGAAGACGUAGAGAACCACGAGGAAGAUGAAGAAGAAAACAGCGAGCAACACCAAGGUGGAAGACAGCGAAAGCGAAGCCGACGAGAAGUCGAUGCCGAAGAGAAACAAGACGAUGAUAAUCGAGAGCACGACGAAGCUGUAGUUUAG